GGAAUCUCUGCUGAGAUGAUGAGCCUGAUUAUUGACCACGCGUAUACCCGCUCCGUCACCAUAAACCAAGAGAACGUAAAGGAGCUGCUGAUUGCCGCUGAUUACCUGUGCGUCCUGGACCUCCGGCAAGCCUGCUGCGAGUUCCUGGAGAAGCAGCUGUGUGUGGAGAACUGCAUCGACAUCUGGGGGUUUGCUGAGUUCUACUCGUGCUUGCAGCUGCAGCAGAACGCCUACCUGUUCAUCCUGCACCACUUUGAAGAGAUAGCGCGCACAUCUGAGGAGUUCCUGGACCUGUCGCUGAGGCAGCUGAGCAGCAUCAUCGAGAAGGACAACCUGAACGUCCAACAGGAGGAAACGCUGUUCGAGGCCAUCCAGCGCUGGAUCUCACAUAAGCCAGAUGAAAGGAAGGGACACCUCCCCGCCGUACUGCCUAAGGUGCGGAUGGGGCUGAUGGCAGCGGAGUACUUCAUGAACAACGUGAAGAAUAACUCCUUGGUGAAAGCCGACAAAGCCUGCAAGCCCAUCAUCAUCAGUGCGCUGAAGGCCCUGUAUGACCUGAACAUUAAUGGACUGUGUAACACCGACUACAAGAACCCUCUGACCCGCCCUCGCCUGCCCUACAACAUCCUGCUGGCCAUCGGUGGCUGGAGUGGUGGCAGCCCCACCAAUGGCAUCGAAGCAUAUGACGCCAGGGCAGAUCGCUGGAUAAACGUGACGUCAGAUGAGGAGGGUCCGCGAGCCUAUCAUGGCUCUGUGUACCUGAACGGCUUUGUGUACUGCGUUGGCGGGUUUGACGGUGUUGAUUACUUCAGCAGUGUGAGGAAGUUCAAUCCUGUCUCCAGAACCUGGCAUCAGGCUGCCCCCAUGCACUGUCGACGGUGUUACGUCAGUGUAGCUGUGAUAAACGGCUGUAUCUACGCUAUGGGCGGCUUUGACGGCCACGUCCGCAUGAACACGGCAGAGAGAUACGAACCUGAGAGCAACCAGUGGACGAUGAUCGCACCAAUGCACGAGCAGAGAAGUGACGCCAGUGCAACCACACUGCAUGGCAAGGUGUAUAUCUGUGGAGGCUUCAACGGUAUUGAGUGCUUGUUCACGGCUGAAUGUUACAAUCCAGAAAGCAACCAGUGGAGCCUCAUCACCCCGAUGAGUAUCCGCCGCAGUGGGGUCGGGGUCAUCACUUACAGAGAGCAGGUUUACGCUGUGGGGGGUUUUGACAGCAACAAUCGUUUGCGAAAUGCGGAGGCAUAUAAUCCGCUCACAAACACCUGGAGAAGCAUCCACAAUAUGUUCAACCCCCGCAGCAACUUCGGCAUCGAGGUGGUUGAUGACUUCUUGUACGUGGUGGGGGGUUUCAACGGACUCACCACUACCUUUAAGGCUGAGUGGUAUGAUCAAACAACAGAUAAAUGGUACCAGGCCCACGACAUGGCGAUUUUCCGUAGUGCUCUGAGCUGCUGUGUGGUCCCCGGACUGCCCAACAUCACUGAAUACACGGCCCCCCGGGAAGACAAUGAGAGCCCCUCCCAGGAAACACAAGCAUCCUCAUCCGACAGCAUCCAGUCCAUCUAA